ACACAAGGGUGUUCAGCUAAACAACUUUCUCCCACGUCGAUACCUCUCCUGCUCAUACUUGACUACCUAUUGGACCUUAAGCAAUCUGGCCUUUCUUUCAGCUCCAUCAGAGUCCAUUUAGCUGCUAUUACAACCUUUCAUGAUGGAAUCAACGAUAACUCUGUUUUUGCUCAUCCAAUCACCAAGUGUUUCCUCAAGAAACUCCAAGCCCUAUACCCAGACAUUAAACUGCCUACCACUCCAUGGGACCUUCAUUUAGUACUAUCCUGCCUAACUCAACAACCAUUUGAGCCUCUAGCCGCUUGCUGUUUUCAUCGAAAGGUGUAAAAGGGAGCAUUUUUAGUGGCAAUUACCUCUGCCAGACAGGCAGGAGAAAUAGCAGUCCUUAUGGCAGAUCCACCAUAUACGCUAUUUUUCAAGGACAAGGUUACCCUUAGAUUACACCCCAAAUUUCUUCCAAAGGUGCAUUCCUCAUUCCACAUUAAUGAGCCGAUACACCUACCGACCUUCUUUCCGAAACCACAUGCAAACUCUUUCGAAGUCACAAUGCAUACGUUAGAGGUACGCAGGGUCUUGUCCUUCUAUUUGAAUAGAACCAAACCUUUUAGAAGCUCUUCUAGACUUUUUGUCUCCAUCACAGACCGUUCCAAAGGGAUGCCUAUUUCUACCCAGAGACUUUCAAACUGGAUUUCUGAGUGCAUCCGAUUGUGCUAUCGGAUAAAGAAAGUUACACCUCCAGCCGGCAUCAGAACUCACUCCACUAGAUCUGUGGCUUUCUUAUGCAAAGUUCCCCUGGCUGACAUCUGUAAAGCUGCCACUUGGUCCUCUGAACACACAUUUGUUAAACGCUAUGCCCUUACUCAAGGCCCUCUCUCUGAUACACGAUUGGGCAGGGCUGUAUUGGCUACUGCAUUCCUAUCAGAUCCGAAGUCCCUACCUCCUUGAGACACACUGCUUUUAAGUCACCUGGAAUGGAGCACCCAUAGGGACAUCUGUCUCUCGAAGAGGCAGUUAUUCACCCUGUGCAGUAACUGACGUUCUUUGAGAUGAGUAUCCCUGUGGGUGCUCCGCUAACCGCCCUCCUCCCCUCUACUUCAGAGUUGGCGUAGCCUCCGUUGUAGAGAAGGAACUGAGGAAACCGGCCGCACAUGCGUACUAUUAAGGUAUACUCAGAGCAGGGGGGCAGGCUCUGCGCAUGAGUGGCCGGUACGAAUUCUGCUGCAAAAAUCUCCAAGCGAAGGCGCAGGGACGCACCAACACCUGGAGUGGAGCACCCACAGGGACACUCAUCUCGAAGAAUGUCAGAUACUGCACGGGCAACCAUACCUGCUUCCUGGAAGAUUUACUACAAGUUAAAUUACCAAGGAUGAUUUACACAAAGCCACAGAUUCUAAAGCCAUCGAGAAGUGACGUCCUUACGAUGACUCCAUGGUUUGCUCCAAUAGUUUGGGAAGGGACCUAUAACUCCGAGAUUCUGAAUGAGCAGUUCCGACGAAGGAAUGUCACUGUUGGCCUGACAGUGUUUGCUAUCAAAAAGUAUGUAGUCUUCCUCAAGAAGUUUUUAGAAACUGCAGAAAUGUAUUUUAUGGUUGGACAUAGGGUGAACUAUUACAUUUUCACAGACAGACCAGAAGAAGUUCCUGAAGUUGUGCUCAAAGAAGGAAGGAAUGUAGUGGUAUUGCAAGUCCAAAACUACCCUAGGUGGCAAGAAAUCUCUAUGCGACGAAUGGAAAUGAUCAGCAACUUCUCUCAGCAGCGGUUCAUUAAUGAGGUCAGCUACCUAGUGUGUGUGGAUGUAGACAUGAAGUUUAAUGACCAAGUUGGAGUGGAGAUCCUGAGCAACUUGUUUGGCACACUACACCCAGGUUUCUAUGCUGCAGAGCGUCAGUCUUUCACCUACGAACGUCGACCUGCUUCUCAAGCCUAUGUGCCCAGUGAUGAGGGUGACUUCUACUAUAUUGGAGCCUUUUUUGGAGGAACAGUAAUGGAGGUUUACAUGCUGACCAAGAAAUGCCAUGAAGCCAUGAUGGUGGACAAAGCCAAUGGAAUUGAGGCAAUCUGGCACGAUGAGAGUCACUUAAACAAGUAUUUUGUUUACUACAAACCAACCAAAAUACUUUCUCCGGAAUACUUGUGGGAUGACAAUCUAGGUAGGCCAGAGAUCCUUAAGAAAAGAAGGUUUCUUGCUGUACCAAAGAACCAUGCUGCAAUCAGAAAUAAAUGAA